AUGGUGUUAAUAGAUAUAAUAUUCAAUUAUGGUGGUGAUUGGGUUACACAGCCUGAGGUCUUAUACACAAAGAAACUGGUGCACACUUGGACAGGUUAUGACUCAGACUUACUUUCAUAUAUAGACAUAGUGAAUGAAUAUAUAAAUGAGCUAGGGUUUGUAGGGGUUCAGCAGCUUAUUGUUGCUUGUCCUUCUGGCAAAUUUUAUGCGAUUGAUGGGGAUGUUGGGAUUAGAAAAUUACUUAGCUUGAUAUGUGAUGAAUAUAAUGUUGUUAACAUUUAUGCUGUGGAUGAAUGUGAGCCCCCUAUUCAUGGUAUCCCUGAUAUUGUACACCAUAAAGAAUCAUACACCCACGAGGAUGAGGCUGGUACUGACUGUAGCUUAAGUGACUUAGAAUCUGAUUCUAGAGCUGAAUCAGAAGGUUAUGAUUCUGAAGAAUUGGAAACUUCGAAAGUACAAAAAAAGAGGGAGAUAACUGAAGAACUUAAUGAGUACAAAGAGUUGUAUAAGGGUAUGAGCUUUAAGGACAUACCAGAAGCUAGGAAGUGUAUGAAGUUGUAUGCUUUGGCAAACAAGAAAAAAUUAGAGUUAUUGAAGAGUGACAAAAUAAGGCUUAGGUAUAAAUGUGAUAUAUUUGGUUGUCCCUUUUUGUGUUUGAUAUCCAAAGAGAGGAAUGGUGGGGUUAAGAUCAAGACCUUAAAUGCAGAACAUAGUUGUGGUGUUGCUUUUGAUAACAAUACUGUUGAUUUCAGUACUAUUGCACAGUAUUUCAAGCUUAAAUUACAAGAUAAUCCUAAGUAUAAGGUAAAGGAGAUGAUGGCAGAUUUGAAGAGGGUUUUUGAACUAAAUAUUAGUCAUGGAAAGUGUAAGAGAGCAAAGAGAAUGGUCUUGGAAAGCUUAGAUGGUAGUUUCAGUGAUGAGUAUAACAAACUUGAAGCUUAUGCAACUGAAUUGAGAGAUAGUAAUCCAGGCAGUGAUGUGGUUAUAAACCUUUCAAAGAAUGCACUUGAAGAAGGGAGAAGAAGAUUCUUAAGGAUGUAUAUCUGCUUUCAAGCUUUAAAGAUGGGUUUCAAGCUAGGGUUGAGACCUUUUAUUGGUCUAGAUGGAAAUUUCUUAAAGGGGAAAGCUAAGGGCCAACUACUAGUGGCUGUUGGACAAGAUUCACAGAACCAUUUCUAUCCUUUGGCUUGGGCAGUUGUUGACAAAGAGACAAAGAAUACAUGGAAUUGGUUCUUGCAGUUGCUUCAACAUUCUCUAGACCUCAAGGAUGGGGAAGGAAUUACCUUCAUGUCAGACAUGCAAAAGGGAUUAAUUGAUGCUGUUAGAACUGUCCUUCCUCAAUCACACCAUACAUAUUGUGUUAGACAUAUUGAGGCCAACUGGUGCAAGAUAUACAAUACUGGUGAAAGCAAAAAAUUACUUUGGUGGUGUGCAUGGUCUACUUAUGAGGAGGAAUUCAAGGAUCAUUUGAAGAACUUAGGGGAGUUGAACAAGGAUGCAGCAGCUGGUUUGUUGAAGUACCCUCCUCAGACUUGGUGCAGAGCUUACCUGGACACAGUGUGCAAGAAUCAGUCAGUUGAUAACAACUUGACUGAAUCCUUCAACAAGUGGAUUUUGGAAGCAAGGCAUAAGCCAAUAAUAAAGAUGUUGGAGGACAUUAGAAUCAAAGUGAUGAACAUGUUAAGAGAACAUGAAGAUGAAGUGAGGGGUUGGAGACAUGACUUUAGUCCAAAAAGCAUGGAGUUGUACAGUGAGUACAUGCAAAUUGCUCAAUCAGCUUGUAGAGUUAAUGCAAAUGGAGAAAAUGGCUAUGAAGUGUCAGAAGGUGGUGAUAAGCAUUGUGUGAAUAUGGCUGUGAAGAAGUGCACUUGUAGGUAG